UUGCAUUGGUAUAUCCCGACGGCGGGUCAGUCAGUCGCAAAACGCGGCGAGGGAAAACUGGUGGAGCUCGCGACGCACGAGCGAGAACUCGACCAGGUCGAGAUCGGGAUUUAGCUGGAUCUAGCGUCAUCAUGGACCUACCGUUGCGGGCGCUAUUGCUGAUCGUGAUCGCGUUGGGCCAGCCGACGGUCCAGCUGAUGUUCCGACACGAGUUUGCCGAGAGCCGGCAUUACGACGCGCCGUUGACGCGCAGCGCCAGGUACAGAUACGAGACCAGGACGUUCGAUGUGCGCGUGGACCACUUCAGUUUUGCCGUGCAGGACACUUUUAAAUUGAGAUAUCUUGUGAAUGACACUUGGCGAACAACGGACAAUGCUCCUAUAUUUUUCUACACCGGGAAUGAAGGCAGAAUCGAAACUUUCGCAGAGAACACGGGCUUCCUAUGGGAAAUCGCGCCUCAAUUUGGUGCAUUGGUGGUCUUCGCAGAGCAUCGUUAUUAUGGUGAAUCGUUACCCUACGGGAACAAAUCCUUCUCAGAUCCGCAACAUCUCGGCUACCUGACGUCUCAGCAAGCUCUGGCCGACUACGUGGAGCUCAUUGCAUACUUGAAAUCGAAGCCGGGUUACAAACGUAGUCCUGUUAUAGCUUUUGGUGGUUCGUACGGCGGUAUGCUCAGUGCUUGGAUGCGCAUGAAGUAUCCUCAUGUCGUUCAAGGCGCGAUUGCAGCCUCAGCGCCGAUUCUGCAAUUUACUGGCAUUGUGGAAUGCGAAGCAUUUGCUCGGAUAACAACGUCAGACUUUCGCGCCUCCAAUUCGGCAUGCCCGCAACUUAUCCGGAAAUCGUGGAGCACAAUAACCGAAGUGACCUCGAACGACGAGGGUAAAAAAUGGCUGUCCGACACCUGGAAACUGUGCGACCCGCUAAAGACUGCGGAACACGUCAACGUACUGAAGGAUUUUCUGCAGGAGAUUUACAUAAACCUGGCUAUGGUCAAUUAUCCGUACGGGACUGAUUUCUUGGCGCCGCUACCAGGCAAUCCGAUCAACAUGUUCUGCCAACAUUUGAAGAACCCCUCGUUGACCGGAAGGCCGUUACUGUCGGCACUGUACGAAGCAAUCAACGUUUACACGAACUAUACCGGUACAGCCAGUUGCACGUCCACGAAGAACGCGCAGCCAAGCUUGGACACUGGCGACUUAUGGGAUUAUCAGGCGUGCACGGAAAUGGUGAUGCCGAUGUGCUUCGACGGUGUCAACGACAUGUUCGAACCGGCACAGUGGAGCUUCAAGGAUUACAACAGUAGCUGCUUCCAGAGAUACUCCGUGUCGUCGCAGCCUAACUUGGUUUGCCAUCAAUACGGCUGCGCGAAUCUAAUUUAUUCCAACGUGACCAACAUCAAUUUCAGCAAUGGACUGCUGGAUCCGUGGACGAGCGGCGGUGUGCUGCGCAAUUUGUCCUCGUCAGCGAUCGCUAUAAUAAUACCAGACGCCGCGCAUCAUCUCGACCUGCGAGAGAGCAACAGCAACGAUCCGUACAGCGUUAUUGUGGCGCGCAAGUUCCAUCGGUACUCCAUCAGAAAGUGGAUCAAGGAGUACCAGUCUGUACUGUGAAAGAUAGUUUGGCGCAACGGCGAAGAAAACAGCGGAGUUGCCGAACUCACAUUAACUCGUCUACUCGUCGUUUGAAAUUUGUCUUCUUUAUUUCUCAAAUUAUAAAUACAAAACAGGAUACGCACAUGAUGGCAACAAUAGAUAUUCAGCGUUACCAUUGAGCGGCUACUUACACAACGCUGAACGACGCGUUGAUAAAAAACUAAAUCGAAAACGUACGCGAAAGUAUCUCGUGUAUCACAGUAAAUGAUAAAUGCACAUACUUGGUCGUGAGCCAUCUAAAAGGUUCACGUAAUAAAACAUUUUCGAAUAACGUGAAAGUCCGAAAUAUAUAUUUAAAAGACCAGACGUCUUCAACUAUUGUUUUUUUCUCAGAUAUUUUUCACAUAAUCGAAUGUCUUUCAAGUAUCUUUGCAUGUUACAAUGCAAAACGUAAAAUCCCUUGAUAGCGUUACAGCACAUAAGGAUGACUAUUUCAUCAAAUGAAGAUAUACAGGAUGCUAUCGAGAUUAUUUUACACUAAUACUGACAUUAAUUAUAAAUAUGCGCUGUGUUCUAGUUUAUUUUUUUUAUCGCCUCACUUAAUAGUUUUUAUGCGAAAGUUACCUAAAGGAAUUAUUAUGAAGAGCGUAAGCGCGGACAAAGCUACCGAAGAUACAUGAAUUUCUAAAUACAAGAUAAACUUUUCU